AUGUCCCUUUCAAUCGACCUUCACCUCCCAAAAGUCCACUCCAAAGAACCAGCCAAAACCUCUCCACCAAAGGACUUCCUAAUAGGAACUUGGCAUGUCACGCAUUCAAGCCUUCCACUAUGGAAAAAGAAGCGCAAUGUCAAAAUAACCUACAAACCCCUUCCGAGCUCAGCGGAGACAGACACGAUGAAAUUAGAUGACCUAGUUGAAUACCAGACCCUUACCUCCGAAACAAUCAAGUCAGUACAUGGCAUUGAUACACCCAGUCCUGGUAAUCCAGGGUCAUGGGACUGGCGCGGGAAGGGGUUGCUGGUUAUUGCUAGUUCGCACUGGGAGUGUUUAGGGCAUGGGUCUCUUGCUGAUGGGAAUCAAUGGGUUGUGACUUAUUUUGCGAAGACGCUGUUCACACCUCCUGGUAUUGAUAUCUAUUCGAGGAAUAAGGACGGGUUGGAGGUGGGUUUUGUGGAUAGACUAUUGGCUGCUCUUGGUGGCUUUGGUAUUGAGGAGAUUACCAGGCUUGUUGGUGAUAUGUUUGAAAUUCCGCGGAGCUAG